AUGGCCGCACCCCAAGUCGCAGCCACCCGGCCUGAGGAGCCCAUCACUGUUCCGGAGAACCUCGACGGCGUCGCCUAUCUGUACGGCCACCCACUCCUGAACUCCCUUUCCCCCCCUCUACACAAAACAGUCUACAAUGCAUUGGGCCUCAACUGGACCCAGAUCCCCCUGUCCAGCGUGACAGGCACAUCAGCCACUUACCCUCCACCCUACACAAUGUCUCCACCGAUUGAAAAGUAUCUGGCCUCGAUCAAGUCCAACCCCAAGUUCGUCGGCUCUUCCGUCACAAUGCCUCAUAAGGUCGCCAUCAUGCCUCACCUGGACGAUCUGACCGAGCACGCCCGCCAAGCCGGUGCCUGCAACACCAUCUUCCUGCGUAAGAAUGCCGCCGGCGAAACCGAGUACGUCGGCACAAACACCGACUGCGAUGGAAUCCGCGAAGCGCUUACCCAAAACGCGCCUGACCCGGAGCGCUUCCGCGGCCGGCCCGCGCUCAUCAUCGGAGGCGGGGGCACCGCCCGUACCGCCAUCUAUGUUAUGCGCCGCUGGCUCGGCUCAAGCAAGAUCUACAUCGUCAACCGUGAUGCCGCUGAGGUAGCUACUAUCCUCGAGGAGGACCGUCAACGUAACCCAGAUCCCAAUGAUCAGGCUCCCCUGAUUCAUGUCACUGAUCCUGAGGAGGCGGCGCGCCUUGAGGCCCCAGCUGCCAUCGUCUCGGGUAUCCCCAACUACCCGCCCAAGACCCCCGAGGAGUUGAACGCCCGCGCCAUCAUCCAGGCGUUCCUGGGUAAUGCGGCUGAUGCGCCACAGCAGCGGGGUGUUAUUUUGGAGAUGUGCUAUCACCCUGUCCCCUGGACCGAGAUUGCGCAGCUGGCAAGUGCUGCGGGCUGGAAAGUGAUCCUUGGAUCGGAGGCUUUGAUCUGGCAGGGUCUGGAGCAGGCACGUUUGUGGACAGGUCAGGAUGUUGUCGGCACACCUGGCCUUGUGCAGGCUGUGAAAGAUGUUGUGAAUGGGUCGGUCGCUGAGCGCUCGGCUAAGAUGUCCAACCUUUGA